AUGCUAUCCCGCGUGAGAAUAUAUCGGGCAGUACAAGCUAACGUUUUCGCCGGAUGGGAGGCCGCCCACUGGCCGCGCGUUCGUCCCGCCGCGGCGGAUAGGAAAAUCCUCGCGCGCGACGCUCCGGGCGUUUCGAUCACUGUCCGCCCCAAAUCGAACUGGAAACCGUCUAUUUCUGUGUACGGAUCACGCUACGCCACGACAGAUAGUUGGCGUCGCGGCCGUCCCGAGACUAUUAAAGCUCCAUCUGACGCAGAACCGGCAGGUUCCCAUCGU